GAUGUUUCAGCAUAACCAAAGAAUUUAAAAAUAUUUUUUUUUUUAUCAAAAACGCCACGUGAAAACCAUAAAAAAAGAAACACUGGCGUUGGCACUACACCGUUCACUGCAUUCCCUCCUACGCCCGUAUUAUUACGGAUCAUGGAAAUGGAUGUUAAUCUGCGUAAAGCAAGCGCCAUCGAACUGAUAACCAUAUCGGCGGGCUCCUACAGCAACAAUCAUAAAUUGAACAAUAACAAUAGCGCACCAGCAUAUGCCUUGCGACCCGCAGCACCUAACUCUCCGCCACCUCACCGCAUAGGCUGUUGUGGCAUACUCGGCCGUUUGCUUUGCGCCGGUAGUGCUGGCACAGCCAAAACAGCCAGCAGCAGUGCUGACUACAACAACUUAAAUAGUCUAUUGCCCAAUAACGGAAAUCAUCAUGCAGUGCAUACGAAUGUGGCACCUACACCGAGCGCUGCAGCUGUUGUUUCGGCGGUGCGCAAUUCGGCGCUCACCCGUCGCCCACAGACACGCCGUACGCCACAGGAAAUCUACUUCGAGAGUCGUGGCAAAUCCUGCAAGAAGCUACUAAAGUUCAACGGCUACACAAAUAAGAUUCUUCUCUACCCUGAAGAGGGUUGGGCGCGUACGGCCUCUUCCAGUUACUGGACGAUCACGCCUUGCUGGUGGCAACCGAAUCGUUGUCGCAUCGAGGAAUUCACCGGCACACAACGCCAAUCGACUAAAGCAAAAAUGGUGCCGCUAGAACAAAAGGGUUCGCUACUCAUCGCAGGUUACUUUCGCAGAAAAAAGGCAACGUCGGGCACACCACUAAGCGGAGGCACUUGUCUCGACUGUCUUGAAGUGGGCGAUGAUGUCAAUGGCACAGAUACAGGCGGUGGCAAGGAAAAGGAAAUUGAUGAAUUCAAAUUGUAUCUCACCUCGAAUAUCUCGAUGGAAGACUACAAUAUGGGCUACUGUUUGACAGGGUUCGUGAUACGCCGUUGCCAACAGACCAACACUUACCAAAUGACCCACUUCGCCGUCAUCAAACGGCAAUGGCCGUCCAUUAGCAGCACAGAUGCAAAGUCAACGCUUACGAAAUUCCACAAAAAGUAGUUAUUGGCAAUCAUAUGCAUCUCUGAAUGUAUGCACAUAUAUAUAUGCAUUUCGUUAUUUUCGUGCCCUCGUUGAGAUGUUAAGAGGAAAUAUUCAUUUGUGCCCUUUCGCACGAAGCAAUAAUCAAAUGCCACGAUUGCAUGACAAGUGAAGUGUGAAAUUAAAAUUUCCGAGUAACCAUUUGAGUCUUAUAAGAAACUGUAAAUGAAAGAAGUUCAUGGGAAAGGACACGACAGCGAAAUAAGUUAAACUGAAAUUACAUAUGUGUGUUACAUCGUAAUCAAUGCUGUCAUAAAUUAUAUGAAAGAGCCGAUAAU